AUGGAGAACGGCAACGGAUAUUCGAACGGGCACACGGCAGUGGCCAACGGCCUGGUGGCGUGCCCUGCGGCCUUCCAAGCGUCGCCGGCGGCGGCGCCCAUGGUCUCCUCUACCGAGGCCACGCUGGGCCGCCACCUCGCGCGGCGGCUGGUGCAGGUGGGCGUGAGCGACGUGUUCGCCGUGCCCGGCGACUUCAACUUGGCCCUCCUCGACCACCUCAUCGCCGAGCCCGGCCUGCGUCUCGUGGGUUGCUGCAACGAGCUCAACGCCGGGUACGCCGCCGAUGGUUACGCGCGCGCCAAGGGCGUUGGCGCCUGCGCCGUGACCUUCACGGUCGGCGGCCUCAGCGUGAUCAACGCCAUCGCCGGCGCGUACAGUGAGAACCUCCCCGUGAUCUGCAUCGUCGGUGGACCCAACUCCAACGACCACGGCACCAACCGCAUCCUCCACCACACCAUCGGCCUCCCCGACUUCUCCCAGGAGCUCCGCUGCUUCCAGCCCGUCACCUGCCACCAGGUGGUCAUCAACAACCUCGACGACGCCCACGAGCAGAUCGACAAGGCCAUCGCGACGGCUCUCAAGGAGAGCAAACCCGUCUACAUCAGCGUCGCCUGCAACAUCCCCGGCGUCUGCCACCCGGCCUUCAGCCACGAACCCAUCCCCUACUGCCUCGCCGUGAGGCAGAGCAACAAGAUGGGACUAGAGGCGGCGCUGCAGGCGACGGUGGAAUUCUUGAACAAGGCCGUGAAGCCGGUGAUGGUGGCGGGGCCGAACCUGCGGGUGGCCAAGGCCGGCGCGGCGUUCGAGCAGCUGGCAGACGCGAGCGGGUACGCGGUGGCGGUGAUGCCGUCCGCGAAAGGGCUGGUGGCGGAGACGCUGCCGCGGUUCAUCGGGACCUACUGGGGCGCGGUGAGCACGGCCUUCUGCACGGAGAUCGUGGAGUCGGCGGACGCCUACCUCUUCGCCGGCCCAAUCUUCAACGACUACAGCUCGGUGGGGUACUCUUUCCUGCUCAAGAAGGAGAAGCUGGUGAUCGUGCAGCCCGACCGCGUCACCGUCGGCAACGGGCCGACGUUCGGAUGCGUCAUGAUGAAGGACUUCCUGACGGAGCUGGGCAAGCGUCUGAGGAAGAAAAGGAACACCACGGCGUACGAGAACUACAAGAGGAUCUUCGUGCCGCAGGGGCAGCCACCGGAGAGUGAGCCUGGCGAGCCACUGCGCGUCAACGUGCUAUUCAAGCACAUCCAACAGAUGCUCACCGGCGACAACGCCGUCAUCGCCGAGACCGGCGACUCUUGGUUCAACUGCCAGAAGCUCAAGCUCCCUGACGGUUGCAGGUACGAGUUCCAAAUGCAGUACGGAUCCAUCGGGUGGUCGGUCGGGGCGUUGCUCGGGUACGCACAGGGCGCCAAGGACAAGCGUGUCAUCGCCUGCAUCGGCGACGGGAGCUUCCAGGUGACGGCGCAGGACGUGUCGACGAUGCUGCGGUGUGGGCAGAAUAGCAUCAUCUUCCUCAUCAACAACGGCGGGUACACCAUCGAGGUGGAGAUCCACGACGGUCCGUACAACGUGAUCAAGAACUGGAACUACACGGGGCUCAUCGACGCCAUCCACAACGGCGAGGGCAAGUGCUGGACCGCCAAGGUGACUUGCGAGGAGGAGCUGACAGCCGCGAUUGAGACGGCGACGAUGGUGAAGCAGGACUGCUUGUGCUUCAUCGAGGUGAUCGUGCACAAGGAUGACACCAGCAAGGAGCUCCUGGAAUGGGGAUCCAGGGUCAGCUCGGCCAACUCUAGGCCACCCAAUCCGCAGUAGGCAGUAGCUUGCUGUCGAUCGAUCAACUUGCGCGUAGAGUCAUUGACUACCAUGUCUUUGGAGGCAAACCUCACGUGCUCCCUCCAUCCGGAUCUGCUACGCAUCUACGGCCAACUCCAAAACAACAAAAUCCGAAAAUAAAAACUCUUCUUCCCACCUAAUUGUCAUUCCAUUUAUUGUAUAUAUUUCACAUGGAUUUCUUAUUUG